UUGAAGUGAUAAAAAAAUAUUAGUACUAGUAUUUUUUAAUACGACCGUUGAAAAUGGUGGCUUUAGAUUAUUUUUCAGUUUUCUUGAUUUUCUAUCAGUUUUUGAUAUUUCAUUCAGCUCAAGCUCUGAAUCAAACCCAAGAUAGUUGCCCCAAGGAGUUCCAAUGUGGGAAUCUUGGAAAAUUGAGCUUUCCUUUUUCAAUUUCCUCACAACCUGCUUGUGGUUUGUAUACGAUAGAUUGUGAUGUUACACCAAAUCCAAAAAUACAUUUAGGAGAAGAUGUUUACACUGGUCUGAAUCAACGGGCGUAUGAUAAUAGUUUUCGAGUUUUAGACCUUAGGCUUAAUGACUUAUUGGCGAAAAAAAGUUGUCAUUCUUUCGAUAGAAGUUUAGCAUUUCCGAGUUCUCCUUCUAUCUCAUUUAGAACCAACCGCAAUCUUACCUUGUUCAAAUGCAGCAACAGCAGCACAAAUGAUCAUUUUUUUAGGGGCUAUGAGAAAUAUACUAAAUGUAGAGGGUUCAGUAUAUACUACAAGUAUCCGAGUAGAAGAAAGAAGGAAGGCCACUCCGAUGCACCACAGGGAGAUGCUUCUGAUAACUGUUCACAGAUAUUAUUGCCAAUUCAAAGGAGUUCGCUGUCAAACACUCAAAAAAGUGGCUUGUUUGAUUUCUUAACAGCGAAUUUUAAACUUCGGUGGAGCCUGUCUGAUGAUUGUAAUAAAUGUUACUCUCAAGGAGGCCGGUGUCUUACUGAUAGUAACAACAACUUUCAUUGUUCCGCCAAUUCCAGAGUAAGAAAGUCAAAACGAAUUCUAGUUGCAGUUGCAGCUACUUCUGUUGGGGUAAUUGCAGUGCUAGUUGUCCUACUCCUGUACUUAAGAACAAAAUACUCCCUUUCCAUGAUUUACUGGAAGCUGACAAAAAGAGAAGAUUACCGAAAUGUAAAAGCCUUCUUGAAGAACCAUGGAUCACUCCUUCCAAGGAAGUACAGUUUUUGUGAAGUCAAAAAGAUGACUCAGUGUUUAAAGAAUAAACUUGGUCAAGGAGGCUAUGGUUGUGUGUACAAGGGGAAAUUGCAUGAUGGGAGUCUUGUGGCUGUCAAGGUCUUGAAGGAAUCGAAGGGCCGGGGAGAAGAGUUUAUCAAUGAGGUGGCAAGUAUCAGCAGGACUUCUCACGUUAAUAUUGUAUCACUUGUCGGAUUUUGUUUUGAGGGUCGAAACAGAGCUCUCCUCUAUGAUUUCAUGCCCAAUGGAUCCCUUGAGAAGUUCAUUUACGAUGCGAAAUUCGGGGCAAAUCGUCAACUAGGAUGGCAAACAUUGUAUGAUAUUUCACUUGGUAUUGCUAGAGGAUUGGAAUAUUUGCAUCGCGGUUGCAAUACUCGAAUCCUGCAUUUCGAUAUAAAGCCUCACAACAUUCUUCUCGAUGAAGACUUUUGUCCAAAAAUAUCUGAUUUUGGCCUUGCAAAACUAUGUAACAAGAAGGAAAGCAUUGUAUCUUUAUUGGGCGCAAGAGGGACUAUUGGGUACAUUGCGCCAGAAAUUGUGUGUAAAAACAUUGGAGGAGUUUCUCACAAGUCAGAUGUGUACAGCUACGGUAUGAUGGUCCUCGAAAUGGUUGGAGGAAGGAAAAAUAUUGAUGUUGCUGUUGACCAUACCAGUGAAAUAUACUUUCCAUAUUGGAUUUACACACAAAUUGAACAGGACUUAGAGCUUGGAUUAACUGGCAUUGUGAAGGAAGAGGAUAAAGAACUUGCAGAAAAGAUGAUACUGGUGAGCCUAUGGUGCAUCCAAACCGCUCCGGCUAGCAGGCCAUCAAUGAGUAUGGUUGUAGAUAUGUUACAAGGCAACCUGGGAUCUCUGCAAAUGCCUCCCAAGCCUUUCUUAUAUUCUCCCUCAAGGUCAGACAGAGACAUGCCUAUUACUACCUAUAUGGUUUAGGAAUGGACAAUUUAAGUUUGAUUUUGAUCUAGGCUUAUCAAAUCUUGGCUGAAUUUAUGUAUGCAUGAUUUUGAAUUAAUCUAGAUAUUACAUAACCCUACAUUUGGUGAAUUGGAUUAUUGUUAAGGGCCUGUUCGGAAAGCCACCCAGGUAAUUA